UCUGGUGCUUUAGUUGAAUAGAAACUGGAGGAGAGCGAGGAGGAGAAUUUAAUGGCAAUCGCUGCUGAGAGAGAAGAAACGUGUUUGGACUGUGGAACAAUUGGUGAUUCGAAUCGUUGAAUUGUGAUAUUGCUGGCUUUGGUUCACAAAUGAGCAACGACGAAAACGAUCGGAACGAAAAGAAAGCGCAUGAUAUCAAGCUUUGGGGAGUUUUCCUCUUUGGAUUACUCGGCGCCGCCGUCACUGCCUUCUCCCUGUCCAGGUCUCAGUCAAGAGGAGCGAGUGGCAGUUCUUUUCGAUCAUCAUUCCAAGAAGAAGCAUGGAAGAGGUACAAUAAACGACUGCAAGAAGAGUAUGAGGAGGAGGUGGAAAGGGUGGAACGUAUAAAGCGCAUGCAAAGUGUGUUUAAUAGAGAAAGGGAUAAGCGUAAAAGAAGCUACGAGAGCUGGAGGGGAAGUGGUGGUGGUGCACAUCAUCAACAUUUUCAAAGAGAUGAUUGGUAUUGGAAGGCCGAAGAAUCCUUCAGAGAGCAGUGGGCCAAUUAUCAACACACUCCAGGAGAGAGCAGAAACUAUUCACUAUCACAUCACUACUCAGUGUUGGGUCUUGACAGGUUUAGAACAACACCCUAUACAGAUGCUGAGAUUAAGACAGCAUUUAGAACCAAGGCAAUGCAGUAUCAUCCUGACCAGAACCAGGAUAAUAGAGAGGCUUCUGAGGCCAAGUUCAAAGAAGUAAUGUGUUCAUAUGAAGCCAUACAAAAAGAAAGGAAGAACCAGAAUCUAUAAUUGUCCAAGUCUGCACAACAACCAGAUGAGGUAUUCAGGUUAAUCACCAAAGGUCCUCUUAAGCUUUCCUAGAAUAGAAUUAUAAUCCAACUAAAUUAUGAUUUUGUUGCUACUAAAUUUUUGGUAAUUAUCCCAUCAUAAAUUAAUAAUGAUGGUGUUGAUAUGUUUUAUUGUAAAGCUGUUGUCCUUGGAUGCAUUGAAUUU